ACAGCUCCCUCAAUGACAACUGAGACCACUACUAUUGGAAUCAUAGCUGAUGAGCUGUUGGUGCAGCUGAGCGGUGGGCCGAACCGAUGUGCAGGCAACGUGGAAGUCUUCUACUUUGGAGGCUGGGGAAAAGUGUGUGGGCAGCUGUGGGACCUGCAAGACGCCCAGGUUGCGUGCCGGCAGCUUGGCUGCGGCUCGGCUCUUGGUGUGAUGCACCGUUUCCCGUCGGGCGGCUGGUACCCGUACAUGAUGACGGAGGUGGAUUGCACGGGCUCUGAAGACUAUUUGUGGCAGUGCCCUUACAAGGAAGAGUACUCGGACUGUGAGUCCGGGGACGCUUCAGUCAUAUGCUCAGACUCGGGACUAACAGUGCCUCCGCCAACAGCAUCAGAUAGCUUCAGCUUGACUCCCCCUGUGUCAUCGGCCACAGGGUCUGGCUCCUGUGGUGGCUUGCUUCAGGGUUUGUCCGGCUCAGUCCAGAGCCCAGGCUACCCCGACUCCUACCCCAACAGCGCCCGCUGCGUGUGGCGCGUACGGCUGCGGGACCUGGGUCGCAGAGUCGAGCUCCGGUUUUCGGAUGUUGAGCUGGAAGGCAGCAACUGCCGGUACGACGCCAUCGAGGUGUAUGAUGGGGGGUCCCCUGGGAGCCCACUUCUUGGGACUGUUUGCAGGAAUGACCAUCAAGUCUUCAAAUCAUCCGGGCACCAGCUGACCAUCCUGUUUCGCAGCGACAUCAGCAUCACCCGGAGAGGUUUCCAGGCCUACUACUACACCACAGGUGCCUACGUGACCCUGGUCAAUGGCAGGAACCGGUGCGAGGGCCGUGUAGAGAUUUACCACUAUGGGGGCCGGGGCACUGUCUGUGAUGACAACUGGGACCUGCAGGACGCCGAGGUCGUGUGCAGGGAGCUGGGAUGCGGCUCUGCUGUUUCUGCACCAACAAGUGCCCGCUUCGGGCAAGGCACUGGCAGUAUCUACCUGGACGAUGUGCAGUGCACAGGGAGUGAGUCCUCCCUCUUCCAGUGCCGCCACCGUGGAUGGGGUGUCCAUGACUGUGGCCACAAAGAAGAUGCUGGUGUUGUGUGCUCAGGCCCUGGCACAGCGACCGGUCUCCAGCUGGUGAAUGGAAGGCACAGAUGUGAAGGUCGUGUUGAGCUCUACUACAGAGGCCAGCCGGGGACGGUUUGUGACGAUCUCUGGGACCUUUCCGAUGCCCAGGUUGUGUGCAGGCAGCUGGGAUGUGGCCAGGCCAUGGCAGCUCCAGGACAUGCUUACUUUGGGCAAGGCUCAGGCGCUAUCCUGCUGGACAACGUGCAGUGCAGUGGAAGUGAGGUCUCCUUGUUGCACUGCAAUCACUCUGGAUGGAGGAUACACAACUGUAACCACUACGAAGAUGCUGGUGUUGUCUGUUCAGGAAACACCACUACAGAGCCAAUGAACUUCACAGUGCCAAUAAUCUCAACACUGGAGACAACCUCCAUAGCGGAGACAGGCACCACAGAACCAAUGACCUCUCUAGCAGCAACAAACAUCAGAGCAUCAUCAAACCUCAUAGCAGAGACGACCUCCUUAGUGGAGAUGACCACAACAGCAUUAAUGACUCCCACAGUAGAGACAACCUCCCUAGCAGAGACAACCUCCACAGCACCAAUGAUCCCCAUAACAGAGAGAACUUUCCCAGCAGAGACAACCUCCCCAGCAGAGACAUCCUCCCCGGCAGAGACAUCCUCCCCGGCAGAGACAUCCUCCCCAGCAGAGACAUCCUCCCCGGCAGAAACAUCCUCCCCAGCAGAGGUGACCACUACAACAGAGACGACCACCCUAGCAGAGACGUUCCUCCCAAUGGAGACAUCCUCCCUGGCAGAGACAACCACCACUGCGCCAACAGCCCCCACAGCGGAGAAAACCACCCUAGCAGAGAUGACCACCACAUCAGCAACGGCUACCACAGCCGAGGGGAGCACACCAGCUCAAAGGACGACCAGAGAUUGGCCAUAUUCAACAGGCCCCCGCCUGCGGCUCUCCGGUGGGAGGAACGGCUGCGAGGGCCGCGUGGAGCUGUACAACGGCGAAGGCAGCUGGGGGACGGUGUGCGACGACAUGUGGGACCUGAGGGAUGCCCAGGUGGUGUGCCGGCAGCUGGGCUGCGGCCAGGCCGUGGCCGCCCCGGGCAGCGCGCGCUUCGGCCUCGGCUCCGGGCGCAUCUUCCUGGACGACGUGCAGUGCCGCGGGGACGAGCCCUCCCUCCAGAUGUGCAGGCACAGGGGCUGGGGCGUGCACAACUGCGGGCAUGUGGAGGACGCCAGCGUCAUCUGUGCAGGUCCUCCAGCCACCCCGACACCUCCCUCAGCACCUUAUUUUUGUGGUGGCUCAAUCUCAAAUUCCUCUGGGUUGCUUCAGAGUCCCUUCUACCCUGGAAAUUAUCCAAACAAUGCUGACUGCGUGUGGGAAAUACAAGUAGAGAACAAUUUCCAUGUUAUGCUCACAUUUAGAGAUAUUGUGAUGCAAAGCAGCAGAUGCCAGUAUGACUACGUUGAAGUCUAUGAUGGGCCUCCACACUCUUCCCCGCUUCUUGGGAGACUUUGUUCUGGUUCCUUUCCCACGUACAUAUCGUCUUCAAACAUGAUGACCGUUCGCUUUCACAGCGAUUCUAGAUACACUUUCAGAGGGUUUCAGGCUCACUACUCCUCCAUUCCAGCAGAUCACAACACUACCCUUCUGUGCUUGCCUGACUACAUGCAUGCAGUGGUUAGCAGAGACUAUCUCCAGUCUCAAGGCUACUCGGCGCAGAUGGUCACCCUGAACGACAGUUACUGUAAACCAACAGUCACGUCGCACGAAGUGAUAUUCGACAUUCCCUACAAUGGCUGUGGGACGAUACGAGAGGAGAACAAUGAUACAGUCAACUAUUCCAACAUGAUCAAAGUUACAUCUUCUGGGCACUUAAUCAAGAGGAAAAAGAAUAUUCACUUACACAUCAGUUGCAAAAUGCUACAAAACACCUGGAUGCAAAUAAUGUACGUUGCUGAGGAUACUGUAGACGUGAAUGAAAAUCAGUUUGGAAGAUACGACCUGAACAUCACUUUUUAUGAUUCCUCAUCGUUCUUGCGGCCAGUGCACGACUCUCCAUACUACAUUGAAUUGAACCAAAAUUUGUACCUUCAGGCUUAUCUUCACAGCUCUGACCCAAAUUUGGUGGUGUUUGUGGACACAUGCGUGGCAUCACCUGAUCCUCAUGAUUUUAAUACUCUGGCCUAUGAUAUAAUCAAGAAUGGAUGUGUUAAAGAUUCUUCCUAUGUCACGUACUACUCUCCCUACAGCCACUUUGCUCGGUUCAGCUUUAAUGCCUUCGAGUUCAUCAGCCGCCACGCGUUAGUCUACCUGCAGUGUGAGCUGGUGGUGUGCCAGCUCGGGGACUACUCCUCCCGCUGCUACCGGGGCUGCGUUACCCGGUCCAAGAGAGAUGCAAGUUCUGCCGAGGAAAAAGUGAAUGUGGUUGUCGGACCACUUCAGCUUCGAGGAGGGGGUGCUCGGAGUAGGAAUACUGGGCUGGACCCUUCUGUGCCUCCUCCCCAGGUGGCUUCCACUGCUGCUGACAAUCCCCUCGCACCAUUCGUGGCUGCUGUCGCCAUCCUGGCAGUGGUUGUUUUUGUUCUUGCUGGUUUUCUUGCGAGACUUGCACCGAAGAAAAUACUUUCGCAUGGGAUAAUGUGAGAUCAAAGGUCAGCACCGUCUGCUAGUGACUGCAGAGCAAAUGCCACAUAUGAUGAGUGACCAAAAUACCUCACCGACGACAGUCACAUAUGUGCCAUUUGUAAGAAGCUGUGAUAUCUUCAAUCAGUUCUAGCCUGUUACAAUGCUUUAGAAUAACUUUGUAAUCCUAUCAUCUCUUAAAUGAUUAAAAAACACUUUCCACAUUCAUGUCACAGGUUGUUUGAUACAACCAUUUUCUCAUUUUCCCCCUCUUUAACUCUCUUCUCACACCCUCCUAAGACCAUUUAUCUAAUGCCUCGAAAUGUUGUGAGCUGGACAGAAAAUAUGAGUGAGGUAUGGAUAAAUAUUUCAAGCUUUAUUAUAAGGGAGGAAGAUUUGAUCUGGGGAGAAGUAAUAGGUCAUGACUGGAAAGGAAAUGUAAAAAUUGAUCUUACCAUGGCAUCUGGAAUUGUGGCUAUACAAUAUUCUAAUUAUUUUGAGCAUGGCUUUUAAUGCUAAAUUUCUCUUUGAAACUGUGCUUAUUUAUAAAAUGCCGAGAUCUCCAGGCUGAAGUAAUCUGUUAUGUGAGCAGUGUAAUUUAAAAUCAAAGGAAGGAAUGUUUACAAAGCAAUAAUUCUAUUUUUACUUUCAAAUUCAUGUCUCUGAUUAAAAUACAAACAAAUGUUUUACUGUGUUGAAGAGCAUGGUCUGUUGGAUUAAAAAUUUGCCAGGCGACAAACUGAGCCCCUGCUUCUGAAAUACUACGUAGGGAAUUUCUGAAUUUGUAAAUAUCUUACUGUAGACUUCAAAAGGAAUGAGCUAAAUCUUCUUCCUUCUGCACGUACAUAUUUACAGAAAAUACUUGGCCCCGGGAAGCCGGAUUGCUGACUCUUGAUUCAGAAAUGCCUUUUCUUUUGUAUUCCAUUACUUUCUCCUGUGUGUCACACACAAAAGCAAAAUGACCCACAUAGUUCAGGGGACUUGUAAGGACCUGUCUAUCUACAUUUCCCCAGCCCCUGUGUUCCCUCCAGAGCAGAUGGCUGUCCAAGUCCAGAGCAUCCUUUCCCACUCUAGCACGUCCAACUGCUGUUCCCACAGCAUCGCCAAAGGUGAGGAGCUUCCCCUACAUGCCAGUGAGGAAUAACAGCCCUCUACAGCCAGUGUGUUUCUCCAUGUUCUUGGCGAGAAAGCUUUUCCUCCAGUAUUUGACUUUCUGCCCAUCAGUUGUAUUUUGAAACACUCCUUGUUGUAAAGUACCUCUGUUUUGUAUGAGUGUUGGGCACACCUCUGUGCAUUCUGUGUAUGUGGCUACAGCAAGGCAUUUUAAGAGAUUAAACUGUAAAGGGUGGGUAUAAAAUAAAAUAAAAUCUACCAGCAAAGGUAAAACAAAAGUCCGACCCUCACAGGGAAGGCUUGGAAAGACUCCUUGGUUCCUCAUUGAUGUUAGACACAUUUGCAAAGCUGAGAAUCAAUAGAGCACAGAAAUCAUUGCGCCCUGAGAGGUCUACAAGUUCCCCAACUAUUUCAGUGUAACUACCGUUGCUCUUUUGCUCUUCUUCCAUGUCUGUUAUCUCCUCAUGACACACGCCUCCUGCUCCUGAGA